AUGGUGCGGGUGGAGCUGGAGGGGGCGGUGGCGGUGGCGGCGGUGGCGGCAGAGGGAGUGGGGGUGGCGGCGGGACUAGUGGCGGGGGUGGUGGUGGUGGUGGCAGCAGCGGCGGAGACGGUGGUGGUGGUGCCAGCGGUGGUGGUGGAGGCAGCGGCGGAGGUGGAGGCGGCGGAGGUGGAGGCGGUGGAGGCGGCAGCGGAGGAGGCGGUGGUGGUGGAGGAGGUGGAGCUGGUCGGGGUGGGCUGGUGUAGCGAUCUUUGA